AUGGAUCCUCCACCACCACCUGUACCGAUUGUUCAACCUAUGGAACGACCCCAAUUAGAACAAAAUAACCAAAUGACCAUUAGAGAUUAUUGUCAGCCGAACUUUCCUAAUCAUGUUGGCAUAAUCAAUUUGCCUAUUAAUGCCAACAAUUCUGAGUUGAAACCUGGCCUCAUCCAGAUGGUUCGAGAAAAUACAUUCAGGGGCAAUGCCACAGAGGAUCCAAACAAUCAUUUGACAAUAUUUUUAGAUGUUUGUGGUACUGUAAAGAUGAACGGAGUAAUUGAUGAUGCUAUUCGCUUACGCCUUUUUCCUUUAUCUUUGCAGGAUAAGGAGAUGGUUCAGGCGUUUCUCACAAAUUUUUUCCCACCUGCCAAGACAACUCAACUUAGAACAGAGAUCAGAUCAUUCAGGAAAUAUGAUUAUGAGCAAUUGUUUGAGGUUUGGGAGAGAUACAAGGAGCUUCUAAGGAAAUGUCCACAGCAUGGUAAUCUGGAGUGGCUGCAGAUUCAGAUGUUUUACAAUGGAUUGAAUGGACAAACAAGGACUAUACUGGAUGCUGCUGCUGGAGGCACUUUAUUAUCCAGAACACCUGAGAAUGCUUACAUCUUAUUGAAGGACAUGGCAGACAAUAGUUUCCAAUGGCCUAGUGAGAGAUCGAAUGCCAAAAAAGUUGCUGGAAUGUAUGAAAUCGAUGAGCUAAGUUCCUUAAAAGCUCAAGUUCAAGCUUUGACGAAUGCUGUUUCUAAACUUUCAGGACCAGGAACCUCUCACUCAAAUGAGUUGGUGGCAGCAACAGAUACAUAUUCUUACUAUGAGCCAACCAUCGAGCAAGCUCAAUUUACAUCUCAUCCAGCUGAAAAAAAAUCCUCCCUUGAGGAUCUACUUGGGGCUUUCAUAAAUGAGUGCAGAAGUCGAGCUAGUCGGAUUGAAAAUCAGGUAGAAGGCAUGGAAGUUAAAUUGGAAGGAAACACAACUUCCAUCAAGAACAUGGAGGUUCAGAUAGGGCAAAUAGCACCCACCUUGAACACUAUGCAGAAAGGGAAGUUUCCAAGUGACAUUGAAGUUAAACCACGAGAACAUUGCAAAGCCGUCACUUUGAGAAGCGGAAAGGAACUCCAGGAGCCUGAAAAGAAAAAAAUGGAAGAACCAGUCAUCACAACUGAGGAACGGGAAAAUAAGGAGGAAGUUGUAAAGGAGGCCACUCCUGCUCUACAGGCUGACAAGCCUACUAGUUCUAUUGUUUCUAGUCCUCCUAAUUCUUUACCUUAUCCUCAGCAUGCGCUGGAACAAAUGCCAAAUUAUGUGAGGUUUAUGAAGGACAUUAUGACUGGGAAAAGAAAAUUGGAGGCUUAUGAAACGGUGAAUCUCACUGAGGAGUGCAGUGCGAUCCUUCAGCGAAAACUACCACAAAAAUUAAAAGAUCCAGGGAGUUUUACUAUUCCUUGUACUAUUAGUAGUUCAUCAUUUAACAAGGCUUUAUGUGAUAUUUGUGCCAGUAUUAAUUUGAUGCCUUUAGGUGUUAUUGAAGAUGUUCUGGUCAAAGUUGACAGAUUAAUUUUCCCUGCGGAUUUUGUGGUCUUGGAMAURGAAGAAGAUUCAGAGAUUCCUAUAAUUUUGGGACGASCUUUCCUGGCGACYGGAYGUGCUCUGAUAGACGUGCAAUUGGGUAAKUUGACUUUGAGAGUUAAUGAAGAGGUCGUUGUGUUUGACAUAUCUCRUGCCAUGAAAUAUCMUGARGAGGUAAGUACAUGUCAUAGGAUAGAUGUUGUUGAUGCCACCGUGGCUGAAAUAAGAUCUUUUGUUUCAUUUAUUGAUGCCYUUGAAAAAUGCAUGCUUGGUUCUKAUAUUGAGGAMAUAGGGGAAUUAGAUCAGGAGGUUUCUUUUUAUCAUGAUGCUCUUAAUCAAUUACCAAUUAUUCAUGAUAAAAAUGUUAAAGUUGAUGUGAUGGAGCUUAAUGAAAAACUUGAUGAACCUGUGAAAGCUCCUGCGCUUGAAUUGAAAGAAUUACCUGCUCUUCUUCCAAAUGUUUUUCUUAGUGAGCCUUCUACUUUUCCUGUUAUUAUAUCUACUUCUUUGAGCCAAGUAGAAGAGGAAAAGUUGUUGAUAAUUUUGCACACUCAUAUAUCUGCUUUAGGAUGGUUUAUUGCUGAUAUAAAAGGUUGUGCCAAAGAAAGGAGGGAUGACGGUUAUAAUCAGAUCGCGAUUGCUCCUGAGGACCAAGAGAAGGCGACAUUCAAAUGUCCCUAUGGUACCUUUGCCUUUAGGCGAAUGCCAUUUGGGUUGUGUAAUGCCGCUGCACAUUUCAGCGAUGCAUGA